UAAAAUUUGCAUAACCUGCCUUGAAAAACUUGGUUCGCUCAGCUGAUUAACGUGCUGUUUGGUGCUGGAAAGAAUGCCAUCUCGGCAUCUAGUAAGCGUCACUUUUCUCUCGAUCAUCUGUUACCGUGGUGCUAACGAUCGACGACGCUAGUCGAAGCUAGUUUGAACUUCAGCCUUACGGACGUGAUUUAUAAAGACGCCACAUCCCCGCGUGAAUGGCAAAGAUCCAUCGAGAAGGGCUUGUUGUGUGUGCUAUGUGUGUGGAUAACGUUUCGUUCGCAGCUCUUUCGUAAAAGCCUUUCAUUGUAGUAGCUCACGGUAGCUAAUGAUGACCGGUGAUGCCAAUGCCGACCGCUUGGCAAUAAAGUGGCAAUUGUAUUAAAACCAACCUUCGACUUUGUCGUUUCGUUCGUAAUCCAUUCCACGGUCCAUGUAUCUUGGACAAUGGUACGAAUUGGAGCGAUACGAGCAAGACUUCGAGCGAAACAUGGAGUGCGUAUCGAUCGUGUACCGGAGACUAGAGCCUACCGACAGGACGCGGAUGGAAGUAAACAUUCGUGGCUAUCUGCCAUUCAAUGAAACCGCCAAAACCUUCACCGGGACCGGUGUGUUCAGUGAAGAAUCGGUACAGGAUAAUGCAAAUGAUACCACCACCACCACAGUCACCAAUACGGUUGGGAAGAUGAUUGCUUCCUUUGGUAAAGCUUACAAUACAACCAAAUACUUGGUAGUGGAUACGGAUUACGUCAACUACGCGAUCGUAUACUCCUGUGCUACCUUUGCCGAGAUAAACCAGGCAGUGGAAGGCUACUGGUUGCUGUCUCGCACGCCCAAUCUACCCAGCAAUCCGCAAGUUCUCGAACGCGUAAAGUAUCUCCGAUCGACGUACUUCGAGCUAGCUCACAUACGUGUUACCAACCACACGGAGGAACUCUGCCCAGCGGAACAAAAGUUGCCGACAGAACCGAGUUUAGUCAUUUUACCACCACUGUAAGAUGGGUUGCGAUCGAGCGUCGAAACGCAUCAUCUCCCCAUCUACCACCUAGGUUAGUCCGCCAUUUCCAGAGUGUGUGUGUGGGUUACCAGUAGAUAAGUCAGCAUAAUCUAUGCACUAUCACAGUAUAAUAAAGAAACGAAUGGAAUGAAAAAACAGAAAAUGAAA